UUUUUUCUUACUGCUUUUUUUACUCAUGCUUGCAAGAUGUGCCACUAGAACAAAGACAUUGAAGCACCAGUGGGUGGAUGAUAUCCUCACAGCUACAGACUAUUACCAGGUUCUUUCCGUGACGCCGUCGUGCUCCAAGGAAGACAUUCGAAAGGCAUAUAUCAAGAAAAGUCGCGUGUGUCAUCCUGAUCGGUUUGUCCCUGCUUAUCCACGAGCCACGGAAAGUUUUCAAUUAUUAGCCCUCGCAUACGAAACCUUGAGUAACCCAUCCUCCAAGUUGUUGUAUGAUUUAUCAAUUGCGGCGCCCUUGAAAGAGAGAGAUUACAGCACCGAGGCAAAUGCCGUGGAUAUAUUCGAACGUGUUAUAGAGCAGUUAUACCUUGAAAUCCUGGACGGGGAAUUUCAGUGCUUGCGCACACUGAUACAUAUUUUGAAUUCUUCGGUCAAACGAGUUCAUAUCACAGACAGUAUGAUUGAGCAUUUGGAAGCUACUUUUCUAAUUAUGCGAGGCGCUGUUUUAUCUACGCGUAAAUAUAUGCGAAUCAUUCAGUUUGAGGUGUUGCGGCUUUAUGAAAUACAGCAAGAGAUACGAUCACUCCCUUUCACGGAUAUUUGGGGACGUAUACAACGGUCAAUGACACUGUGCAAGGUGUUGCUUCAGUUGCCUCUCUUGAUCCAGACUACUAGUCAAAAAUCCGAUUAUGGCACCGUCUGUCAGGGCGUCCUAGGACCACACAUGGAAGGCACACUGAGAGUGAUGAUCGAUCUUCUCGAACUAGGCGAAGAACUAUGCACAUAAUGACACUAUUGCUUUCACUUACUCAAACCCCCGCUCCCCC